UCUUGGAGCAAAGGACAACCUCUUUGUAUAUAUGUGCUGUAUUAUUUCCAAUAAAAGGAAGGUUGAUUUUUUUUCCUUCAAAACUCUUGAUUUAUUAUAUAUAAUUAUAACUUGCACUUCAAUAUCCUCCAACCAUAAUCUAUCAACUCUUCUCCAUUCCGGUAAUCUAAAACCAUAAAACAAAACCCACAAACUUAUCAUAAAUUCCAACAAAUUAAAUCAAUCAAAGGCAAAUCAAGAGGAUGGUGAAGAGUUGUGCAGCAAACGAGAGUGAAGAAGGCAGUUCUGAACAAUCUGGACCACCCCCAGAAGCCAUGUUCUUGAUCUUGGCUUAUCUUCCUUUGUAUGAACUCCUAUGCAUGAGACAAGUUUGCAGGUCUCUCAGAGACGCCGUCAAUGGCGACAUUCUUCCCUGGCUGAAUAUCACCGUGGAGCCGCCGUUGCACUCGCGGGUUUCCGAUGAUAUUCUGAUGAAGAUGACGGCCAUGGCGGAUGGCCGGCUUGCAAGUCUUGCCCUGUUGAAUUGCUUCAAGAUUACAGAUGAUGGGCUCCUUCGGGUCAUACAGAAAAAUCCUCGUAUUAACAAGCUAUACAUACCAGGAUGCACUGGGAUAACACCUGAGGGAGUCAUCAAGGCAGUGAAGCUGCUCACAAACAGUAAUAACCACAGAUUAAAGACCCUAAAGAUUAGUGGCAUCUACAAUGUAACCAAAGAAGACCUCCAAACCCUCUGCAAUCUUCUGGGAAAAACCCAGAAUCAUCAUCACCACCAGAACCCCAAGAACCUGUACCACAAGCGCCGAGACAUUUCAAAAAUCAGAGGAGAAGAAGAAGAUGAUCCAUCAAUCGACAUAGACGAAUGCCCAAAGUGUGGCGAGGUUCGGGCAGUGUUCGACUGCCCCAGAGAGUCUUGCAGUUGCAGAGGAUGCAUCAUCUGCAUUCGAAGGUGUGAGGAAUGUGGUGUGUGUAUGGUGGGUGAAGAAGAAGAGCAAAGUGAGGCGGCUUGCGCGGAUGAUUUGUGUUUGGGGUGUUGGCUUAAGCUUCCCAAAUGCAGUUUCUGCAACAGGCCUUACUGUCAUCAACAUUCAAACCAGCAGUGCAGACUUCCAGGCUAUGAGGGAUUUCUGUGUGUGAUUUGUAAUGAUAACUUUGUGCAAAACUCAUCUCGUUUGUUGAGCAUAAUAUAUAUGAAAUAAAUAAUAGUUGAUUAUA